AACCGUUUCAAAUCAAAUUUUCCUUUUUUAAGAAAUGGAUUUAUAGAAAUAGUUAGUUAAGAGACGUUGUUUGCUGAAAAGAAAUAUUGGGUUCUUAAAUAACGAAAUUUUUUUCAUAAAGACAGAAAAGCAGUUUUGUAGUUGAAUAGGUUUUUUAUUUUUCCAUACAAGCAUUGGUAUUGUUUUCUUUUUCCCUUAUUAAUUUUCUUUGUGUACGGAUUUCAUGCCAGGCAAGAAAUAAUAUGUUGAGUUUGGGCUUACAUGCUCUUUGUUGGUGGACCAGGGUUGGAUCUAUCCAAAAAGAGAAUAUUAAAAUUAAAUCAAAAACUUUUUUAUUCCAUAAACAAAUUUGGCAAGACGACAACGAACAGUAGCUGGACCAAAGGAUCCCAAGGAAACCCAAGCGGUAAGUACGAAGAGGUUUGGAACAAUUCAAGCAAAUACAAAUAUUUUAGUUCCCAGUUUUUAUGUCUUUAAAUUGCUAUUUACAAUAGCUUUGCAAAUUGUACGCUUCUCCUUAACAGAACAGCAUCAAAGGCAUCCAUGUAUGUAUACAGGAGAUGGGACUGCAUGCAUUACUAUUUCAUCUUUUGCAAGAAAAACUGGGAAUUAUAAGAUAAUCGCUUGUUUAUUCAUAUAUAAUGGAUUUCCAUCCCAUUUCAAUGCAUCAUAUAUAAAUGCAAAUGCACCAACGAUCGGUUUGCUUUUUCCAUUGAAUGAAGAUACUUUCAUAAAAUUAGAGUCCAUAAGGAGAAAUUUAAGCUGCAAAUUUAAGAGACAAAAAUCUAUUCUACUCAAUCGAUGCUUGGAAAGUUGGAAUUCACGUAAAAUUCAACCUGUCAAAAAGGGCUAGCAGCAGAAAGACGGUUAUAUAUUUCACAUUGGUUUUAUAGUCAUUUUUUUACAAAAAUUUUAUUGUAAAGUCUCGAAAUAUUCC